UGCAAUUCGGCAGCAUAAGUUACCAAAUAUGGAAGUAUUUAGUUUGUUCAACAUUAUAGUCGGCAUCUCCACUUUCCUUUUUGUGUUAGUUUUAAAAUCCAUCGCACAGAAACGUAAAACUCGAAGGAAUCUGCCACCUAGCCCUCCAGCUUUGCCAAUCAUAGGCCAUCUCCAUCUUCUAAAACAAUCAGCUCAUCGAACUCUUGAUCAACUUUCACAGAAAUAUGGCCCCGUUCUGCUCCUUCAAUUCGGAAGUCGUGAAGUCCUUAUAGUUUCCUCUGCACCAGCAGCCGAAGAGUGCUUUACGAAAAAUGAUAUCAUCUUUGCGAACCGCCCUCAGUUGCUUGCUGGAAAACACACAAAUUACAACUGUACCACGAUUGGACUCGCACCCUACGGUGAUUAUUGGCGUACCCUUAGGCGUCUCACUGCCACGGAGCUCUUCUCCACCAGCCGACUCGCCAUGUCUGCUAUCAUCCGGCAAGAGGAAGUUGGGUUAUUGUUAAAGGAACUAUUCUUGGCCUCGGCCAAGAAGUCAGCAACGGUGGAACUUACAUCAAAGCUUAUAGAGGUUGUGUUUAAUAUGAUUUUGAGGAUGAUUGCUGGAAAGCGGUAUUACGGGAAAGAUGCAGUGGAUAAAGAAGCGGAGGAGUUUCGAGACAUCAUGAGAGAGGUUGCGGAGAUGAACGGAGGCACCAUGUUGAAUGACUUUUUGCCGGUGCUGCAGUGGGUUGAUUUUCAAGGUCUGGAGAGGAAGAUGAAAAAGUGUUUCAAGAAACUGGAUAAGUUCUUACAGUCCCUUGUUGAAGAGCAUAGACUGAUGAGGAAAGAUUCUUUGGGAUCAUCUGGUGCAAGCAAUAGAGGGACCAAAACAACUUUGAUCGACGUCAUGUUAUCCCUGCAACAGACGGAACCUGAAUUCUAUACCGAUGAAACCAUAAAAGGAGUCAUCUUUGUAAUGCUGAUCGCUGGAACUGAAACAUCAUCUUCUACGAUAGAAUGGGCCAUGUCACUUCUUCUUAACCAUUCCGAAGUCAUGUAUAAAGCUUGGUCCGAAAUAGCUGAUAAAGUCGGACAAGACAAAUUUUUGGAUGAAACAGACUUGCCAAAACUGAAUUAUCUGCAGUCCAUAGUUUCUGAAACUUUGAGAUUAUUUCCGCCAACGCCAUUACUCGUACCACAUGAGUCAUCGGAAGAUUGCGUCGUUUGUGGUUAUAACGUGCCACGUGGAACAAUGUUAUUGGUAAAUGCGUGGAGUAUCCAAAGGGACCCCCAGCUAUGGGAGGAGGCCACAAGAUUUAUGCCGGAGAGAUUUGAAAGUGGGGAAGCAGGUGACGGGUGUAAACUGCUUCCCUUCGGUGUGGGAAGGAGGGCUUGCCCUGGAGCUAUUCUAGGUAGAAAAGUGGUUGCAUUGGUACUUGGUUCCUUGAUCCAAUCAUUUGAGUGGAACAGGCUUACCGAAGAGGAAAUCGAUAUGAGGGAAGGCACGGGGCUCACCAUGCCUAAAGCGGAGCCCUUGGUAGCUGUGUGCAGUCCCCGCUCAGGCAUGCUCAAUCUCCUCACCACAAUCUAAGACACUAGCAUUAUGAACACUUGCAUAUGUAUAUAUAGUUUAU